AUGCGCCUCAAGUGGGACGAGAAGAACAUUUAUCUUUAUGAGCAGGAGAAGACUCCCAAGAUGAAGAUUGAUGAGCCGAAGACGCCGUACGCGAAGCGGUAUGAGCCUGAGGAUGACGAGGAGGAGGACGAGGGGAGAGCGUUGGAUGCGCAGGAUUUGGUGGUUGAUGAGCUGGAUCAGGCGCGGCAGGGGCGGGGGAGGCAGAGUAGGGAGAAGGACAUUCCGGGCUUGGAUAUUGGGGAGCCUGAGGAUUUGAAUCCGUAUUCGGCGAGUGAGGGGAUUGGGGGACGGAGUGAUGAGGGGAGGGUCGUGCUUGGCUCGGGGGAAGGGGAAGGGGAUGGGGAGGGAGAGGGAGAGGGGAGAAGGAGUGAGAGUGUGGGGAAGGGGGAGAAGAUCGUGCAGGUUGAUGAGGCGAGGGCAGAGGAGGGGAAACAUGAUGGUGAGCAGAGACAUAAGGGUUUUGAGGAAAUGAGGAAAAAACAUUAUGAGAUGAGUGGUGUCAAGGGCAUGUUGGGAUCUACGCCCGACGAGCUCAUGGAUGAGGACGAUGACGAGGAGCCCCCGCCCGUCCCGAAGCUGGGGAGCAAUGUGGUGAAUGGUGCAUGA